UCUCAGCACCAGCAGGCCAUAAAUAAAAAUUAACUUGUAUCUUGUGAACUUAGGACCACAAUUAACAAUAAACUCUUCAUUCUACUGUUAUUUUCGGUAUCUUGAAAUGCCUGGAUUUGCUUCCAGAGCAUAUUUAACUAAUAUUAUUGCAGUGUAAUAUGUUGUGUAAACAAGAAUGACAUCAAUCUAGAAAAUGCAGUUUUCUGCUCUACACAAUUUUCUGAUCUUAAUUUUUCUUACAUUCUUUCAAGGCUCAAGAAGUGAUGGUGCUGUGCUGAGCUCCAGUGGGGAAGAUGCUGCUAGAAGGCAGACAAGUAAAGAGAUGGAGAUGAAGUCCAACGGCCCAGAGGGGCACCAGACGGCCAGCUACACAGCACUGCUAACGUCUCCCAGGCCUGCUGUCAACAAACGCCUCAGGCUGCCUGGCUCGGAGCUGGUCUGUUACUGCACUAACUGCCCUCAAGGCCAGUGUACAACUGAUGGCUACUGCUACACCACCAUCACUGUUGACACUACCACAGGCUUCCAUGAGACAUAUGAGCGGCAGUCUUGCCUGAACAGAAGCAGUCAGUUCCCUCCAGGCGACCAUUUCAAAUGUCGUGGUGGGGGCCAGUACACUGUUUACCCACGCAUGACUGAGCUCGUAGUUUGCUGUCGGGAUGAACAUUUAUGCAACACUCGUGUUGCUUGGCCAAUAUCCCAGCAGCAACAUACUGCUCCUGUCUAUGGUCCAAAUGAAGAAUACAUUCGCAAGGUGUACCUCACUCCUGUAGACAAUGAGCGAGCUAACAAUGAACUGGUUGACUUCACCAGCUCUGGCUCAGGCUCAGGUCUGCCGCUGCUGGUGCAGCGCAGUAUCGCCCGUCAGGUGCAGCUGUUGGAGGUGGUCGGCAAGGGCCGCUUCGGCGAGGUCUGGAAGGGACGAUGGCGGGGCGAGCACGUCGCUGUCAAGAUCUUCUCGUCGCGUGACGAGAGCUCGUGGUUCCGUGAGGUGGAGAUCUACCAGACCGUCAUGCUGCGCCACGAUAACAUCCUGGGCUUCAUAGCGGCUGAUAACAAAGAUAAUGGGACAUGGACGCAGCUGUGGCUGGUGGCAGAGUUUCACCCCCACGGGUCCCUCUUUGACUUCCUGCUGCGCGGACCCAUUGACCCCGCGUCUCUGGUGCGCAUGGCCCACAGCAUCGCCACUGGCCUGGCGCACCUCCAUAUGGACAUCAUGGGCGGCACUGAAGGCAAGCCGGCAAUCGCGCACCGAGACCUGAAGAGCAAGAACAUCUUGGUCCGCAGCAACGGAACUUGCGCCAUUGCCGACCUAGGGCUGGCGGUGCGCUACUACACGCACUCGCACUGCCUCGACAUCGCCCCCAACACCAGGGUCGGCACCAAGCGCUACCUGGCGCCGGAGAUCCUGGACGAGACAAUGAACAUGGGCCACUUCGAGAGCUUUAAGCGCGCGGACGUGUACGCGCUGGGGCUGGUGCUGUGGGAAAUGUGCCACCGCACGGCGCACCCCGGCGCCCCCGCCGCGCAGGAGUUCCAGCUGCCGUACUACGACCUCGUGCCCGCUGACCCGUCCAUUGAGGACAUGAAGAGAGUCGUCGUCACCGAGCGCAAGAGGCCUGCCAUACAUCCUGCCUGGCGUAGCUGCCCUGAGCUGAAGCUGGUGAGUCACGUGAUGAGUGAGUGCUGGUACCACACAGCCGCCGCCAGACUCACCGCCCUCAGGAUAAAGAAAAGCCUCGCUGCCCUCUCCCCUUCCCUCAACUGCGCCACAUGAAGAGCCUCUUCCUCGCCCCUCCCCUUCCCUCACCUGCCCCACAUGAAGAGCCUCUCCCUCGCCCCUCCCCUUCCCUCACCUGCCCCACAUGAAGAGCCUCUCCCUCGCUCUUCCCUACCUCCUCCCCUUCCCUCACUUGCGCCACAUGAAGAGCCUCGCCCUCGCUCUUCCCCACCUCCUCCCCUUCCCUCACUUGCGCCACAUGAAGAGCCACUCCCUCGCUCUUCCCUACCUCCUCCCCUUCCCUCACUUGCGC